ACGGGCCAUCACAUUAUCCUACUUUCUUUUUUGCCACAUGGCACCCUAACUCCUUAACCUAUGCCCCCUUGCUUUUUGCCGACUAUAAUUCCUUCACCUCUCCUACAUCAGGAGCAAUAUUCUACAACCCCUCACUAGAUUCGCUCCACAGUGGCUGAGAAAAAUGAAGAUCUUCAACUGGUUGCACAAGAGGUUCCCUCAUAACGUUCUCAAAGAUGGGCUGGUUCGAAAUGUUAAGAAGACUGAUUCCAUUGCAAUUGACACAAAUUCAAAAGCCUUACUCGAACAAGUAGCACUGUUCGACCUGCUGGAUGGUUGGCGAUAUGGCGUUCUAACAAUUGGAACAUUCGGUUUCGAUCCUUUGAAAUCCUUGGGCGAGAUAAAUGACCACUUACCUCCUGAAAGCAGCGACGACGAAGAAGAAGAACGAUUCUCUAACAACAAUGAUGAAGAUGAUGAUGAUGUCGACAAUAAUAGUUACGACGAAGUGAACCCACUGCUGCUUGGCCACAGUUUGGAGGACAUUGUGGAGGAUUCUACUCACAAUGAAAUCAAGUUUAACUUGGAAGUCAUUGAGGAUCAUUCUGAGAAGCUGAGAAGAAGAACUACCUUGGCAGACCUCUUUUACCAGGACUCAGACAUGAAAAACAAGGCCACCCAUCUUGAUUUAGAGUUAAAUCCUUGCGAAAAGGCUUCUUUUCCUACGAAAAAAGGGACUUCUUUUGCCAAAAAAUUCAUUCCCCAUGCUGGAAAGGAUUCACGUCCCAUCAAAAUGCUAAACCAGAUGAUGAAGAGGAUGUUGAAAAGGAAGAUCCAUCCAGAGCUUCAAGGCAAGGGUAAUAAAUUGGAGGGGCAACGCAAGCCCUAACGUAUUCUAUAUUAUAUGUUGUUGCUGGCUAGAAACAUGAAGCCGAAGCCAGUGUAUCAGUUUCUUAAUGUGCUUCAUUUAUAGAGAUGCUGCUACAGCUUCAGCUAGCUUUGGGUGAUGAUGAUAACUUAAUCUGCCUACAAGUUAAUAUUUUCCCGGUGUUCUUAUUAUAUAAUUUUUUAUGUUUCUUUUCUUAAAAAAAUUAUGGAAAAUGUACUCAUUAAUCAAGCUGUUCAUGUAUUUUAAUUCUUCUUUGAUUGUAUUUCGAAUUUAGCAUAUGUUGGUUGUUGGAUUGUCCUGGCGUUGGACAGACA